CGUUUUCAAAGCCUUCUUUCUCUAUUCCAUCUACUGUUCCUCUCCCCUUUUUCUCUCUCUUAUUCGCCCGGAAAACCUCCCUUUCUAGCCGGGAAACCGCUUUUAUCUCCGGCGGCGAGGCUGCUAACUCGCCGGAAAAUUCUGCGCUUCUCUCAUUGUCUUCUUUUCUGGAUUUUUUUGGCCGGGUUCGUGGCUCGGUCCAGGAAGCCUUCGGAUCUCUGAGUCUGACUCGGUUCUUUCGCGCUCGUGGUGGUUGGCGAGAAUGUGGCGGACCUGGUUGUCGGCAAAGGUUCGUUGUUGAUUGUUCGUGACGGAGAUCGUGAACUAGGGUUUGGUUUUCCUGAUUUUCGUUUCGGUUUUUUCUUGUUUUGGUGAAAGAGAGAAGACGGAGCCGUCCAGAGGAGGAUUUCGGAAUGAGAUGGUGGAAGGAAGGGUUUGUUUGUCUAGAGAGGCUAAAAAUGGGUUAGAAUUUCUGAGGCACAAACGGCUUCAGCGAAUGAAAUCAAGAACUGCCGAUCAGACUGUAAGUGUCAGUAACAUGAUGACUAGAAGUGGAGGAGAUGCUUUAAGACCUUCAUCAUCAUGUGGUGUGAGAUUACAUGGUAAUACAGAUUCAUUUUAUAGAUCCAGUGGUGCUCUAAAUGAGAAGGAUGCCUUUUCAAAGCGUAAGGUGGAUAAGUUUGAUACAACUGAUCUAGAAUGGAUUGAUAAAAUUCCAGAAUGCCCUGUUUACCGUCCAACAAAGGAGGAUUUUGAGGACCCACUGGUUUAUUUGCAUAAGAUAGCUCCAGAAGCUUCAAAAUAUGGUAUAUGCAAAAUUAUUUCCCCUUUGAGUGCUUCUGUACCUGCUGGGGUUGUAUUGAUGAAGGAGAAAAUGGGUUUCAAGUUUACAACAAGAGUACAACCUCUUCGUCUUGCUGAGUGGGAUAGUGAUGACAAAGUCACCUUUUUCAUGAGUGGAAGAAAUUAUACAUUUCGUGAUUUCGAGAAAAUGGCGAACAAGGUUUUUGCUCGUAGAUAUUGUAGUGCUGGAUGUCUUCCUUCCUCGUACUUGGAAAAAGAAUUUUGGCAUGAAAUAGCUUGUGGAAAGACAGAAACAGUUGAAUAUGCAUGUGAUGUUGAUGGUAGUGCCUUUUCAUCUUCCCCCAAUGAUCAGCUCGGAAAAAGCAAAUGGAAUUUAAAGAAACUUUCCCGGCUGCCCAAGUCUAUUUUACGUCUUCUAGAAUCUGAAAUUCCGGGAGUAACUGAUCCCAUGCUUUACAUUGGAAUGCUAUUUAGUAUGUUUGCUUGGCAUGUGGAGGAUCAUUACUUGUAUAGUAUCAAUUAUCAUCACUGUGGGGCAUCGAAGACUUGGUAUGGCAUUCCAGGUCAUGCGGCUUUGGAAUUUGAAAAGGUGGUUAGGGAACAUGUGUAUACACGUGAUAUUCUAUCAGCUGAUGGAGAGGAUGGAGCUUUUGAUGUGCUUUUGGGCAAAACUACUUUGUUUCCUCCAAAUAUUUUGUUAGAACAUGAUGUUCCUGUCUACAAGGCUGUGCAAAAGCCAGGGGAAUUUGUAAUCACCUUUCCUAGAGCAUAUCAUGCUGGAUUCAGUCAUGGUUUCAAUUGUGGUGAGGCAGUAAACUUUGCGAUUGGUGAUUGGUUCCCACUAGGGGCAGUUGCGAGCCGACGAUAUGCACUUCUUAACAGGAUGCCUCUCCUUCCUCAUGAGGAACUCCUGUGCAAAGAAGCAAUGCUUCUCUAUACGAGUUUAGAACUUGAAGACCCAGAUUAUUCAUCUACUGACUUGGCAUCUCAACAUUCCAUGAAGCUUUCUUUUGUGAAUCUGAUGCGGUUCCAGCACAAUGCUCGCUGGGCUUUAAUGAAAUCAAGGGCAUGUACAGCAAUAUUUCCAAAUUCUGGUGGAACUGUUCUCUGCAGCCUAUGCAAACGUGACUGCUAUGUUGCAUAUCUUAACUGCAACUGUUACUUGCAUCCUGUGUGCCUUCGCCAUGAUGUUAACUCGCUUAAGUUACCAUGUGGGAGCAAUCAUAAUCAUACCCUCUCUUUGAGGGAAGACAUUUCAGAAAUGGAAGCUGCAGCUAAGAGGUUUGAGCAGGAGGAAGAAAUAUUUCAGGAGAUUCUACAUGCUAAAAGUGAUGAUGACAUAUCUCCUCUGUCAGAUAUGUUCUUAAUUUCUGAAGAGGAUGGAUACUAUCCUUAUUGUGAGAUAGACUUUGGACUGGUCCCUGGGAUUCCAGUAGCUACCCAGGAUGAGUCACCGGAGCUAGAGCAGACUGCUCCUAGCCAGCCUCCUUUCAACAGUGGGAGAGAAUAUUUUAGAACUGAAAUGUCAGAUGCUUCCCUUUCUUGUGCUGCAUCAACUCUUUGCUCUUUUCUAAAACCAGUUGAGAGCUCUUCCAUACCCAGGAAUGUACAGGGGGAUGCUAAGUUUAACUUAGGAGAUCAUGUUUCUAGAAAGUUUUCUGAAGAUAUAUCCCAAAAUAUACAUGAAUCUUGUCUAUCCUCUCUAUCAUGUGAUGAAUGCUUGAGUACCCAUCAAAAUUUUCAUGGAUCAGAGGUUAAGCCUAUCGUAGAUCAAGACAGUGAUGAUUCUGAUUCAGAAAUAUUCAGGGUUAAACGCCGUUCUUCUGUUAAGGUGGAGAAAAGAAAUGCAAAUGAUGCCUCAUCUGUUAAGCAUUUUGAUCAUCAGGGGCUUAAACGACUGAAGAAACUCCAGCCUCAAGGAAGAUGUGGGCAAUUGCCUUUAUCAGAGUGCUCAAUGACUACUGAACAGAACCGAAGUUUUAGCUCCAGCUCUCAUCAUUCCAAGCGAAGCACUGAUAAUGUUCCAAGAGACAGGUUCUCUGCAGGAACCACCAUGCCAAUCUCCAUUAAAUUUAAGAAGAUGGCAAAUGAGGAAGCAAUGAGUAGACAGAGAGAACACCACAGGAAGGAUAGGUUUCAUGAUUUGGGAAAGACAAUGAGAGAACCACCGUCUAUAGAGAUUGGGCCGAAGCGUCUAAAAGUCAGAGGUCCAUCAUUUCUAGGAUGGGAGAGCAGGUUGGAUUGAAGAUCAGAAAAUGAUUCAGAAAUCUGGUUGGCCUGCCUCUGGAGUGUCUUCUAGGGCCUGACUUUGCUAACUUUGUUUUCUCUAAUGGGGUUCUAACAACACGGGUAAAGCAAAAAGAAUUUGAUUCCGGGGAGCAGCGACUGAAAUUAACCAACUUUUAGAAGGAAAGAAAUUUAUAUUCUUUUGUGCAGGACCUGAAAUUGGGGCAGACCUGCACGGAUGGUGAUUCUUGGGGUUCUCAGGCCGGGGGGUGUUUUUCGUCUUUGGCAGGAGAACCUUCCCUGCAAGCAGAGAGAACGUAGACAUAUUUUGGUUAGUGUGACUCCUGUAAAUUUGUUUUUUUUUUCUUUUCAACCAGUUAAAAUUGCCAUCAAUUCUUGUGCGGCCUGUGGGCAUUCCCACUGGUCCUCUCUCUCAUUGAAGUUGUCUGCUGCUUCCCUUUCUAGGGUUCUUUAUUCUUUUUUUUCUUUUUUUUUGUAGCAAUGGGUCUUGCACCUUGGACUACUUCAAUAAAAUCAGAGAAAUGUCCUUUUUUCUCUAGUUAUCUUUC